AUGGUUCGGGAAAGAAAGCUACAAGGGGAAGGAGUCUGCUGGUCACUGAGACUCUGGUCAGCUGCUGUGAUUUCCAUCUUACUCCUCAGUACCUGUCUCAUUGCUAGCUGUGUGGUGACUUACCAGUUUACAAUGGACAAGCCCAAUAGGAGACUGUCUGAACUUCACACAAACUAUUCCAGUUUCACCUGCUUCAGUGAAGGGACUGUGGUGUCAGACAAAGUCUGGAGGUGUUGCCCAGAGGAUUGGAAGCCGUUUGGUUCCCACUGCUACUUGGUCUCCACACUUAAUUCAACUGACUCAGCAGCAUCUUGGAUGGAGAGUAAAAAGAAGUGCUCCCGCAUGGGUGCUCAUCUGCUGGUAAUCCAUAACAAGGAAGAACAGGAUUUCAUCACUGGGAUCCUGAACUCUGGUCAUGCUUAUUUUAUAGGGUUGUGGGAUUCAGGUCAUCGGCAAUGGCAAUGGGUUGAUCAGACACUGUACAAUGAGAGUGCCAGGUUCUGGCACAAUGGUGAGCCCAGCAGUGACAAUGAAAAAUGUGUUAUAUUGAAUCAUCGUCUGAAUACUGGAUGGGGCUGGAAUGAUAUCCCUUGCAAUGAUAAACAGAAGUCAGUUUGUCAGAUGAAGAAAAUAUACUUAUGA